AUGCCGGAGGGCACGGUGGUGGCGGCAAUGGUCUUUGAGCCGUCGUCGGUGAGGGAGCGCGGCCGUGGAGGCCGGGCUGAGGUGGUGAUCCCCGACCGGGGGGUCAUGGAGGUGGAGGAUGACACCCCGCCGCGGGCCGUCGUGGCCGAGCGAGCGGGGGCUGAUGGUGGUGGAGGCGGCGUCGUUUUGGAACAGACGCUGUGGGCGGCGGCGUCGGAGGCGCCGCCGGUUUUGGAGGAGGCACAGCGGGCGGCGGUGCCGGAGGUCACCCCGGCAGCUGGGCCGGAGAUGGCAACGCAGGGCAUCCCGGCGUCCGGGUCAGGGUCGGCGACGCAGGGCGUCCCGGAGGAGGUGCUCGCCGCGUCGCGAGCGGCAAGCGAGGAGCACGCCUUGGUGCCCCGACAGGGAGAGCGCCGAGCUGCCGUGCCGCAACCGGUGCGGAGCGGGGGCGCCGUUGUCUUCGGGCCUCAGACCCAGGAGGAGGCAGCGCUGGACGCCGUCAGUCGCUGCCUCCGAGGCCGGACGGAACGGCUCGAGGCGUUCGCCCAGGCCGAGGUGGAGCGGACGCGUGACCUGGAGCGCGCCAUCCUGCAUCUCGACGCAUUUCGGGUCGCCGCCUACAAUCGUCUCCUGGGCAAGCACCGGGAGCUCAUGGAGCGGCUUGCCACCAAGGAGGAGGAGCUCCGAGUCGCCGCAGCCGAGGUGCUGUCCUGGCGGACUCGUCUGCUCUGGGCCGGUCAUCACUACGACCGGCUCAUUGCUGACACCGGCCGUCUUGGCGUCGAGGCGGCGCAUGCGAGGGCGGAGGCAGCCGCGGCUCGGCGGUCUCUCGACGAGGCCAACCGGCUGCAUGAGCAGCUGGCGGGUCACAAGAGCCGCCUCGAGGCCGAGGCCUGUCGCCGCGAGGCGGCCGAGAAGGCGGCCGAAGACAAGGACGCCAAGCUGAAGGCGGCCCUUGCCAAGGCGGCCGAUCUGGAGAAGGCGCUCGAGGAGCAGCACCUAGAAGAGCCCUUCUCCAGCGUCCACUAUCAACGUGACCCGACAGGCGUCGUUGGGUCCGGGACGGAUCCGCGGGUGGCCUGGACCUUCCUGGAGAUCAUCGCUGCCGCUGAGGCCCGCCUGCAGGUUCUGGGAACGCAGUUGGGGCGGCUGUCCCAGGCCGGCACCGCGAUGACGGCGGCCCUAUGGCCGGACUCCGUCCAACCGAGCAGCUUCUCGCGCCUGGCGCGUUGGUCGGAGAUGGGGCCGGACCGGCUUGGCGAGUGGCGCGUCUCCGCCGCUCGUGCCGGUGCUGAGAUGGCGCUCUGGUUCACGCUGUCCUGGCAUCCGGACCUGCAGCUGGACGCGUUGAUGGGGCAGCAGGCCGGUUCGGAGCAGCUCUUGCAGGAGCAAGCCGGCCGGAUCGCCUCCCGGGCCAGCUACAUCGCCGAGUUCGCCUUCCAUGAUGAUUUCCAUCCGGAGCAGACGGAAGACGGCGGGGCCGUGGACGGCGACGACUACGGCUUGCUCCUCCACGAACCGGAGGGGAGCUCGGAGGAGACGGGCGUCUACCACGACGCGGAUGCUGAGGAGGGCACCGGCACCUCGCUGAACCCGGAGGCCGCGAGGGGAGAGCCGUCGAUGUCACGACGCGGCGCUGGAGAUGCCUGA